AGGACUUGGUUAACAAUAACAAAUUCGAAGACUUGGUUUCAGGCGUCUGCCUCUCUGUUUGACCAACAAUUCGUUUUCAGGCACACACCGAGCAUGUACCCCAUUUCCCCGGCAAGCACUGGUUUCCGAAGUCCGUAUCCCACGAGUUUGCCCAUCACAAGUUCUAGUUUACCAAGUGAUCUCUACCGGUUUUCGCCGACGGGCCUGAUGCCACCUCAUCCUGGAUUAAGUCCGCACGCACACGCGUUGGCGUCCCACGCACUGGUUUCCUCGGCGCCGAAGACGGAUCAUUCCACCCUGGAUCACAAUCACAGGUUCGUUUUUCCGCCGACAUUUCAGCGACACCUGGACCCCUUUCGACGAAUCGACCGACACGACUCAUUCAGUAACUCCAUCGCCCUUCUCCCCAUCCAUUCCUUUCCCUCGGUCACGUCCCGACAUAAAUAUCGACCCGCCGCCCCCAGAACGAGCACAGCUCCGAAAUCGUUACCUUCGAUUGAUCGAAAAGGUAUUUCCAACCGAUCGAUUCGAUCGAUAAUCAUUGGCCGGAAUAUACACACGUGUUCUUCGAGGAAGAAUCAACCGAGGAGGUUAUCCAGUCGAUAA